AUGCCUUUGAAAUCCAUAUCCUUUUUGGAAACUCCGUUGUCGUCUUUGUCCCGAAGCCUACAGCAUGAAUGGGACGUGACCUUCCGGCUACUGCGGUCCAACGCUACAGGGUUUCUCUUUAUCUUUAUCGGCGGACUUCUUGCCAGAGCUAUCAGUACACCUUUGCCAAUGGCAGAGACGGCUUCAUUAGUUAUCACGACGAUAGUUGUAGGCGUUCUCUGCAGCUACGUCUUCGAUAUUGCCAACCAAACAACGUCUCCGGAAGAAGAUUAUAUCAAUAAGCCUUAUCGUCCAAUUCCCGCCGGCUUGAUCAACAUUAACCAGGCGAGGGCUCGCUGGCUGCUGGCAUGGACCAUCGGACCUACUUUCGUGUAUCUUCUUUUUGGGGUCUGGGCCAUGCUGCAUCUCUUGCAUUGGGAGUUCUUGAUCUGCGUGUGCUAUGUGUGGCCCAGGUGGUUCUCCUGGUUUAUGCGCAAUUUUUUUGGCUCUUUUUCCUACUUCAUUCUGGGACGGCUUCUGAAUCAAGUGCUUGCAAAGGAGGCGCAAUAUUGGAACAUCGGCUUUCUAAUUGACCUCAGUAUCUUCGCGUGGUUCAUGGCGACGAUGCACAUACAGGAAUUUUACGAUCUCGAAGGUGACCGAAAAACCGACAGAAAUACACUUCCCAUGUUGCUUUCCCCACGAGGCUUGAAAGCUUUGCGGGCUGGGACUUCGCUCUUCAUCGUUGUAUUCAGCUCAGGCUUAUCAUUUGCCGGGUACAGGCGGGUGGCUCGAGACAAGCUUAUUGCACCGGCAUAUAUACUGCAACAAGUAUCAUCCUGCGUCCUCGCUUAUAGGAUCUGGGCGUCAAAGUCACCUGAGAUGGAUAAGAUCACUUACCACGCUUACUAUUACUUCUCGGUGUUAAUGAUCCUUUUGUCUUUGGUUUUAAUAUCUAAAUAG